UGUUCUGUCAUUUGUCAAUUUUCUGUAUCCUGUAAUCGUAUUUGAAAUAAGUAAUUAGUCACAAAAGGAAAUCUAAUGUUUUGAUCUUUUCAGUAAUUGUACGCAAAUAUUUAGGUCCUUAUGGACGGUCACGUUGCUACUGAUGAUUCCACUCAAGGAAAUUCGAGACAUGUUUUACCAAAUGCUCACAAUCGUAAAAGUAAUGUAAGGGGUGGCGGCGAUGCAAGUGAAAAUCAAACGGACGAUAGACCAUCUAAUUGGAGGGAUGCCCCAAGACAAACAAGAACAAACGAAAUACCUGAUGAAGAAUUAAAAUAUGGCGCUAAACAUGUCAUGAAACUAUUUGCACCAGUGUCCUUAUGUAUGGUAGUAGUUGUCACAACAAUUAGUACUGUGAACUUUUAUUCAGUCAAAGAUAUAUAUCUGGUUUACACUCCUUUUCAUGAAGAAAGUCCUGAUGCCAGCACCAAAGUAUGGAAUGCUGCUGCAAAUUCCUUAAUACUUAUGUGUGUUAUAGUAGUUAUGACGGUUCUUCUUAUAUUUUUAUAUAAGUAUAGAUGCUACAAAAUCAUACAUGGAUGGCUCAUCGUUUCUUCAUUAAUGCUAUUGUCUAUUUUUUCCUAUCUUUACCUAGAGGAGGUUUUAAGAGCUUAUGAUAUACCUAUGGAUUACCCAACUUUACUCUUUGGUAUGUGGAAUUUUGGGAUUAUGGGAAUGAUUUGUAUACACUGGCAAGGCCCAUUGAAAUUGCAGCAAGCAUAUCUCAUAUUCAUUGCUGCUCUUAUGGCAUUAGUGUUUAUCAAAUAUUUACCUGAAUGGACUACCUGGGCAGUACUCGCUGUUAUAUCUGUAUGGGAUCUUGUUGCUGUUCUUAUGCCCAAUGGACCCUUGAGAAUUUUAGUUGAAACAGCACAGGAAAGAAAUGAACAAAUUUUUCCUGCUCUGAUUUACUCAUCUACUUAUAUGUACACCACCCUAGCUGCACCAGAUGAAACUAGUAGACAGCCAUCAGCCACUCCUGAAGAAGAUGGUGGUUUUCCUCCUGAUUUUGCCAACACUUAUAAUGAGAGAUCUGCAAACAGAAGAAGAGUUGAUCCCCCCAGUGAAACCAACAGGGGACGUUCAGAAACCACCAAUAACUAUUUUCCUGAUGAAGAGGAGAGGGGUGUCAAACUAGGAUUGGGAGAUUUUAUUUUUUACAGUGUUCUAGUGGGAAAAGCUAGUUCUUAUGGAGACUGGAAUACAACAUUGGCAUGCUUUGUGGCAAUAUUGAUUGGCCUUUCUUUGACACUUCUUCUAUUGGCCAUAUUCCAAAAAGCACUACCUGCAUUGCCAAUCUCGAUAACAUUUGGACUGAUAUUUUAUUUUGCGACCAAAGAAAUUGUUAGCCCAUUUUCUGAUAGUUUGUCUAAUGAACAAGUAUUUAUUUGACUUCUCCUGUGUUCACUUAUUAUUGUGUGAAUUAAUUAUAAUUAAUGUACUAUUUAAUAUAUUUAUAAUUUGA